AUGGAUUUAGCGACUCAAUUGACGCUUGCGACCCGUUCGGAAUAUACAAUGAAGACCUGCAAGCCAGAGCGUUGGCACAAAGAUACAUUGGUAUUGACGGAAGACGGGAGGAAGGAGAGCGGUGCAUGUAGGGGUGUUUCUCCUUCCUGGCCAAACUAUAGUAUGGUAUCUUGGAUGAAGCCGAAGGAGAAACAAUCUGAUCACUCGAGGAAGGAGCCAGCGGGAAUGGGACGCUGUUGUUGCCAAGACUUCGUUCGCCGGGCCGACUUCAGGCCAUCACGCGC